AUGGUGCAGUCGGCAGCUCACCUCAGCGCGGUGGGGCGGGGUAGCGCCGGGCCCGGCCCACUGCGGCACGCGCGGGUGGAGAGCGGCGGAGGGGAAGUCGUGAGGGGGACCUGCGAGGGGACGGCGCAGAGUGACAUGCACAUUAUCCACAGGCACAAAAUGGGUCCGGGCAUUCCAGUCAGCAUCCCUUGUGGUAUCCAGAAUGCUAGUCAUCGUGGGAUCUCUGCAGGGAAUAUGCACCAUCUGAAGUUUGGAGACGAGAGGCAGCAGUACUUCUGUGUCAUUGGCAAGGCCUUGGAGGAUGUCUGUGAAGUGGGAAAGCUUGCAAAAGCAGGUGAAAUUCUCCUCUCACCUUCCUGCUGGGAGCUAUGUGAGAAGCACAGGCUCAGGACCAGCCAUAUUGCUGGCAAAACAGCUGUGAAGGUUACAGGCAUGAAGCAGAUGUCUUGGUCGGAAUGCCAAGAUGUUUUAGACAAGCUUCCAGAGAAGGAGAAGUGCUUCUUCACGGAAAACGAAUGUGCUGUCAGGCCCACUCUUUUCUUGAACCCUGAUACUGAUGUGGGAGAAAUACUUAGUUACAUACCAAAAGGUGUUCUCAGGAAGCUUGAAGACAGAGUGCCGCGGGACUUCCUCUGUGAGCUACGGCCAGUCACCAUCCUCUUCCUCCACCUGAAUUUUGAAACAAAGGACAUAGUAUCUUUUCGCAGUGUCCUCAAUGAAGUCAGCAGCCUGGUGCAGGAAAUCAUCUGUCCUCACAAGGGUGAAGUGAACAAAGUCUUCCUGUUUGACAAAGGCUGCACAUUCCUCUGUGUGUUUGGACUCCCUGGAGUAAAGCUGCCCCAUGAGAGCAUUCAUGCCUUGCAGAGUGCUUUUCAGAUCUUCAAGUCGUGCUCCAAGAUCAUUGCAAAAACAGGGACAGUGUCUGUGUCUGUUACCAGUGGGAUGGCGUUCUGUGGCGUCAUUGGCCACCCUCUGAGGCACGACUACACAGUCAUUGGCCAGAAGGUGAACUUGGCAGCCCGGAUGAUGGUGAGCUACUCUGGGCUGGUGACCUGUGAUACCUCAACCUAUGCCAGCUCUGGGCUGCCCUCUUGCUACUUCAAGGAGCUGCCGGAGAGAAAGAUAAAAGGCUUCAAACAUCCUGUCACUGUCUAUCAAUAUGUGGGGAUCACCAGCAAGAG